UUGUAUAUUUUUGGUAUAUUCUCAGGACUAAAAUCUCAUGGAUUCUGAAAUGGCAGGACCAUCUGGCAUUAGGGCAAUGACUCGUAGAGAAAUAUUUGACUUGAUGAGUGCACAAAAUCGCCUCGAUAUUAACGAGAAGUUAGAAUUUGUCGAAAAUCAUUUUGCAACAUUGGAGCCUUAUAGCGACGAACAAAUUAAGGAAAUAAAGCAUAAAUUUUCAUAUGUGAAGUCCGAAAUAAAGCGUCACUGGAUUGCAGCAAAACAACGACCAGACUUACUCGGGAAAAAUAAUCAGACAUGGCUAAAGGGAGUGUUUGAGCUGCCAAAGGUACAGACAAAUCCAGGACGACCGAAAAAGUUAUUUGAAGAGGCUAGCGGACGAACUAAAAGACGCAAGACUGAAGAACUUCGAUUGUCUGAUAGAUAG